AUGAAUUACUAUGAAUACCACCUGUUGCUUGAAGAUGUAAUGAAUGAAUAUAAAUAUCACCUCUUGCCUGAUGAAAUAAUGAAUAACUAUGAACAUCACCUGUUGCUUGAUGAAGUAAUGAAUAACUAUGAACAUCACCUGUUGCCUGAUGAAGUAAUGAAUAACUAUGAACAUCACCUGUUGCCUGAUGAAGUGAUGAAUAACUAUGAACAUCAUCUGUUGCCCCAUGAAGUAAUGAAUGACUAUGAAUGUCACCUGUUACCUCAUGAAGUAAGGAAUGAUUAUGAAUGUUACCUGUUGCAUCAUGAAGUAAUGAAUGACUAUGAAAGUCACCUGUUGCUCAUGAAUUGUGGGAAGCUGGCCAUUACAGCCGAACCUAUUGGGAAUCAACAGUUGUUAAGACACCAGGGAGACAAUGCCCUAAGGAUGAAUCUUCGAUCCCAACAAGAUCAAAUGCUAAUGAGACAUGAGGAAACAAGAAUCGGCUGGACUUAUGGGGAAAGUUUAGCUGAGGAUAACUCAUCUGCCCUAAAUGAGAUAAGUUCACUACUUAAAGAAACCAGUCCUCGAGUCCUUGGGUUUAUUGUUGGGAAGCCUUGCUGUAUGCUGAUCGACACUAGUUCUAUAGUUGGACCCGAUUUGGAAUUUGAGAAGGAUGUAUGGAUCAUAGGGCAGAGAAGAGAGUUAUCUUCCUUGUGCCCUCGGGCUUCUAAGCCGUCCAUUUACUUCCCACAUAACGAUUGCAGCCCCGACGACGCCAAAGACGCGGAGCUAAGUUCACAAGGAGAUGACUUUACCCGCCAGAUGUGGCAUAUGUAUGCCGCGUUUGAAGAGUUGGUGGGAGACCAUUUAGAUCCUCACACUCAGAGAUCACGUUGUAAGGAAAACCUAAGUGACGACGAGGAGAGUAAGCGAUUGUUUCUUCCUCACACCUAUGUCGACAAGACAACGGUCACUCAAAUCAGCACAGAAAGAAUAGUUUCUCGAGGAUCGUCUCUUCCCGACGUCCGACUGGACUACACCCCCACCAAACAAUCCCACCGUGUGUCAUCUAUUUACGGGUCCCCCGGAGUCAGGCGGAAGAGGAUGAGUGAAAGUAAUAAUCAUUCUCAAAGACAGAGCCAUCUUCAACAUCAUCGCAGUCGAUCAGAGCCUUCAGCCAAUCCGUUGCUUGAUACUAUUAGUGUACUGACGUAUGAUCCAUGUGAUUCAGAUGACUACUACGAUUUGGCUACCGUGUAUCAGCAACGCCGACUCACAGUCAAGGAAAAAGGAGAAGAAAAGACAAGAAGAUCUCCAUCUACUCAUCAUCACGGUGACGGAGACAAGGACUCUAUUGGAUACGCCGGCUCAAAUUCUAUUGAUAGCGGAUAUAAAAGUCUUUGCCCAACACCGGAGAUCUCGGAAAGCUUUUAUUACGGGCAAGAAGGAAAAAUCAUUGGAUCAUCUGGGUCCAGUAGAAGAGGAACGUCUUCAGAUGCAUCAAGUACUAGUUCUUCUCCUAGCAAAAACAAAGAUAGUGUCAAACCGAAAAUCAUGAUGGGAACAAAAGUGAUGGGAAGACAGUGCCAAAGACUUCAAAUCGGGCAUUCCAUUGGCUCGCGGCGAUCAGAAUCGGCUCUGUAUGACGUGAAUCUAGAUCAUCUCAUGUAUUUACGACAAUCCUUACUUAGUGCCAUCCAGAAAUGUGAGUCAGUGUCGUCUUCGUCUAGAGAUAGUAGCCCAACAGUUACCAAUCGCUCCUGUGGCUCUCCUGCAAAACUCGGUGGUAGUAACAGCCAUAGCCCUAAACAUCAGCGAUCACCCCAGCUGGAUAGGAGGAGGACGAGUCCUCAAACACUAGGGGUCACUGAACACAAAUAUCCACAGCACGAGCUACCAGGAAAUGUCACUUCAACAAUGUCGUCAUCUUCUGGGUCUCAGUACCACAAAACAGUGCGGUUUGAUACUGAUGUCAAAGUUACUAAGAAACAAGCUGCUAUGGCCAGUCCGCGUAUCACCAACAAACAUUCCAAGUCAAUAUUGAAAGAUUCCUUAUGUGCUAGUCUGAGAUCAAAUUUCGAGUCGGGUUCGACUCUCACUCCGGACUGUACGCUAGAGGAGGAAAUCGACGCUCUACUUUAUGGAAAGGCGGAAUACUACGACAUGGAAAGCGUGGACGAUUUUCCUUGUAGCUAUGUGACCAUGAUUGAAGAAAAGUACCGGUGUGGAAAAACCAGUGUAGCGAAGGUGAAAAAGUUGAAAGAAAAGCCUUCGGAAACAGCCAAAGAUAUACGAGAUGGGUCUCAGUCGGAUAGCCAAAACCCUGAAAGACAGCCUGCUACAGGCAACAGUGUUAUUGAUGACCAGAAUAAUCCUGUGAAUCAAGCUGUCUCCGUGGAGAAAAACCAGGAGUAUCAACAUGAUUCUAAGAAUCCGACUAAACCACCUAAUUCUGUUGUCAAGUCCCGCUUCACCGAAGUAGCCAAAUGUAUGCUUGAAAUUAUUGAAGACUUACAGUUAAAGAAACAGAGCGAUAAUAAACAACCAACCACUGAUAGUAGUACUAACACACAGACGGGGUCAAGGGACAGUAAUAUCACUGCGGAAGACAGGUCUGCAGUCCUCGCUUCUUAUAAAACAGAUUUUGGAGAGAGUCCAUCACGCGGUUGCUACAGAUCUUCAAUUCCCAGGCCAAAUAAAGACGACAUUGUGAAUCGUCAACCCAUGUCUGCGGCUGAUUAUCAUGUGUACGAAGAGAUAAUGUAUGAUUUUGUAACUGGAAGGGGCGUCCGUGCUACUGAUAUGCCUCCUCCACUGCCCGCCCGGCCCACUGUCGUGGCCUGCAAGGACCAAGGCUACUUUCCUUUCUUUCUCUCUGAAUCGCGCUCCACUUCUGGAUCUCUCAGGAACUCAUCCAAUAAUAGACCUAAACAGCGACAUAAUCUCUACUCCAUUUUUUCGGAUCAAUCAGAUAGACGAACUAUCUCAAAAUCUCUUGAAAAUGAAUGGAAGUCCAACCCAAAAAGUACUGAUGCUGAUGACGAUUACGGCUUUAAGUCAUUCCCAACAGUUUAAGCCCUCUCUAUCCACCUUUUUGAACUCCAUAAAACAAAAAGUAUUUGUUCUUUACGAAAGCGCUUUUUAGAAGUUUUAAAACAGACUGCUCGUACUGGUUUACGUAUGAGUGCUUGAUAAAUUCCCCGAGGAUUCCGGAAGACGUGUAAUUCAAAUCACGUAUAAAAACAAGCCAGACCAUGAUACGUGUAUCAUAGAUCUCUGUGGUUGAUUUAUCUAAGAUUAAUGAGGUUGUUUUGUGUAAUUAUUUCAUAUGGAUGUAUAAGUUACUUCGAGUACCAUAUUAGGAGUUGGGUCAUUUUAACCAUGGAUCCUCCUCAAAAUGGUAUUGCUGAGUAUUAUUGUAUUGUAUUUACUACACUAGCUUAUGGAUUUUUUUUCUUUUACUUAUUUUAGUGUUAAAAUAAUUAUUUUAAAAAUCGAACAAUUUACGUAUUAUACAAAAUGUCUGAAAAACGAGAUGAGUUGUAAUCCCUUAAAAGUCUGAUUUUCUUUCAUUCACUCAAAAUACUCAUUGAAAGGAUCUUUAGAUGUGUGUAUCGUGUGUGUGAGAUUACAUUUCACCAGUGCUAACUAAAAUAUGUCGUAUCUAAACUUCAUGAAGAGAUCUUUUAUUUGAUUAUUCACAUCCCUCUAAAUUAAUUUUAAUAUUUUACUACACAGGAAACAAAACAAAAUCCACCACUUCUAGAUCAAUUCGUGAAAGUUUAUUUAAUUACUUACAUUCCUUUAAAUUAAUUUUAAUAUUUUACUACACAGGAAACAAAACAAAAUCCACCACUUCUAGAUCAAUUCGUGAAAGUUUAUUUAAUUAUUCACAUUCCUUUAAAUUAAUUUUAAUAUUUUACUACACAGGAAACAAAACAAAAUCCACCACUUCUAGAUCAAUUCGUGAAAGUUUAUUUAAUUACUUACAUUCCUUUAAAUUAAUUUUAAUAGUUAAUUACAUAGUUAACAAAAAUCUACCACCUAUAGAUAAACUCGUAAUUUCUAAGCGACAUUCUGAAGAAACAAAUUAUUAAAACGAACGUAUCAAAAAUAAGCCCCCCACCCAAGUGGGACACCAAUAUGUCUGCGGACUUAUAACGCUAGAACCCGCGGUGGACAGAUAGCCCGUUGUGUAGGUUUGUGCUUAAUUACACACAAACAAGCAAUCGAGAAUAAAUUUAUAAAUAAAAUCUCCAUAGUAUAAUAUUAAUCUAAGACUAAGUUGCUAAAAAAGCUUUAUAUUAAGGUAUAAUACUAAAUUUAAUCCUUUAUAUUAUAUAUCGAUUUUUAUAUAUGAUUCAAGCCAAAAUUUGAGCUAAAAAUGUUAUUCUUCAUUUUCAGAUACUGAAAUUUCGAAAAGAUAGAGGCUCUAAUUUGAAUCUGUAAUACACGCACGAUUAAAUGUGUUCAGCCUACACUGAGAAAAUAUUUUAUUGGAACAAAAAAAUAAGUAAAAUUGAAAGGUGUUCUCCUUCUGUCUGUUAAAAUGUAGUCCUUUACUUAUUUAACAAUAAGUAGUUAAAUUAUAAUAAAUCUCAUUUUUUAAAGUAUUUAUACUGUUUAUUGAGUUACUUUGUAA